AUGAAGCUGGUAUUUUCUACCCUGGACACCACCUACAUGGUAGGAGAAGUCGCUAAACGUGCAAUUGGAUCCAGGGUGAAUAACGUUUACGAUAUUAACAACAAAACUUAUCUCCUGAAAUUGACCAAGGGCGAAGAUAAAUUUGUUCUCUUGUUGGAAUCUGGUGCUCGACUUCACUUUACAGAGUUUGAUUGGGCCAAAAAUACGAUGCCCUCCGGUUUCUCAAUGAAGUUAAGGAAACAUAUUAAAAACAGAAAAGUAACCAAUGUUGUUCAACUUGGCGCAGAUCGAAUUAUCGACAUCACCGUUGGAGUGGAUGUGAACGCAUUUCAUCUUAUCGUGGAGCUGUACGAUAAGGGAAACAUGAUCUUCACUGACCACACAUAUGUGAUACUACAUCUGCUUCGACCACGAACUGAUACUAACCAGGAUGUACGAUAUGUUGCACACGAAAAAUAUCCCAUUGAAACGGUGCGUCAGUUACCGCAAUGUCUCCAGGGAAUUCACGAUAUAAAGUCCCUGGAAAACAUCAGAAAAUAUAUACUUACUAUUCUGAGCGACUUCAAAGGGUCUUCGAUUUUAUCGAAUUCUAGUCAAGCUCAACGCUCCGUCCACAAAUUAUUGGCCUCGGAAUUCAACUUUGGCCAGGCUUCCAUCGAUCAUUGUUGCCGAUUAGCACACCAAGCAGUCCAGUCCUCCGUUUCCUCUACCAAAGCAAUGAACCAAAGUUCUGCGGAUCACGAUGAACCCAAUCAAGCGUUGGAACAGUUGUUUGCUGACAGUUUUUCUGCAGCCUUAAGAAAUUUACUCCUGUUUGCAUACCAUAUGGAUGGGCAUGACACCGCGUCCCCCGCAUAUGGCUACGUCUUUGGGAAAAAACACCAAUCUCAGGAUGAGGAGCUACUCACUCAAGAUGACUUCCAUCCAUUUUUGUUCGACCAGUUCCGUACAAAGGCCUAUCUCACUUUUCCAUCAUUUUCUAAGGUAAGACUUCAAAACACAACCUCCUCGGCCAUUUAUGCGACUGAAUACGAUAUAAGGAAGGCCCAACUACUUGAAACUAAUCAACAAUUGGUCGAUAGCAUCAUUCUGAUGAUCAAUCACGCGUUGUCUAAUCAAAUUGAUUGGUGUCAGCUCGAGCACAUUGUGGAGCAAGCUCGUGGGCGAGGGGACGUGCUCGCCCGUCAUAUUGUGCAGCUUAAUUUGCACUCUAAUCAAUUAGUACUGCGUCUGAGCGACCCUUUUCACGACGCCUCGGACCAUGAGGGGACCAUUCACCCAGAUGUGUCAAACGGGGUCGAUACCGCAGAAGUGAUCGUGGAUUUGGGUUUGAAUGCGUUGAACAACGCUCGGAAAUAUUACGACAGAAAACGGGCUGCAGUCAAAAAGGAAGAGAGGACUAUUGUCGCUUCGCGUAAGGCUUUGAAAUCGGCAGCGCAAAAGGCUGAUCAAAUCAGGAAAGAUGUGAAGACGGUCGCUCAGGUCUCGAAAGUUCGGAAGCCCAUGUGGUUUGAAAAAUUUUUCUGGUUCAUCAGUUCCGAGAACUAUCUGGUUGUUGCGGGUCGCGAUGCACAACAAAAUGAGGCACUUGUGAAGCGUCAUCUUGGGCCACACGAUGUGUACGUGCACGCAGACUUGCAUGGGGCCAGCAGUGUGGUUGUCAAAGCCCGGCCUCUCCUACCUCAAGAGUUGCCUUUCGAUACAGCCUCCAAUGUGGACGCAACUUCGGCUCAAGAGACAACUCGUCUGCCGUUACCACCACUGAGAACACUUGGAGAGGCGGGUACAAUGGCCAUCACUCUUAGCUCCGCGUGGGACGCUCGCGUUGUGACCAGCGCAUGGUGGGUACGACAGGAUCAGGUGUCUAAGACCGCUCCUUCUGGAGAGUACCUAACAACUGGGGCCUUUAUGAUUCGUGGUCGUAAGAAUUAUCUCCCCCCGUGUCAUUUCAUCUAUGGCUUCGGUAUACUGUUUAAGUUGGACGAUGAUUCUGUGGUUCAUCACCAGAAUGAGAGACGCGUCACCAGAACUAUGGUGGACCACCCACCUGAUUCCGUAGCACCCCUCGAAGUCACUGAAUCAGGGCCGACCCCUUCAGCGCUCUCUGAUGUCGAGGAUUUGAAUUCAGAUAUCCCUGCCUUCCCCGACACACAAUUGCAGUUGGAUAUUACCAAGCUCGGUAACAGGUUUGGAUCAAAAUGCAGUAUACAGUCUACUGAAGUGACGAUUGCUCGGUCACGUGGUAAAAUUCCUACGAUCAACCGCACGACGAAGCCUUCCAAACCCGCUCCCCGAACAGCACAGCCGCCUCAUACCCAACCAGUGCCCGAAGCGCCCAAGGUGGAUCCCGGUCCACCCGAUUCCAUUCAGAGUCCCUUGAAAAGAGGACAGAAGUCAAAAGUAAAAAAGAUCAAGAAGAAGUAUAGUGAACAAGACGAAGACGAGCGUCAAAUGCGAAUGAGGCUAUUGCAACAACAAUGAAAUUGUCGCGCAGUUCAGAUGUCAUCGCUCUUCAACUCACUGCACCACUAUGGAAAUACGAAUUGACAAUGGUGGGAAAACGAAGUAGAAUGCAAAUGGAGUAUAAGGAAAAAGGAGUUUCUGAAAGUGAGAAAAACUGAUCACAUGGAAUAUUAACAGCUCAAUGCAAUAAACCGAAUUUAGGAGCAACCUAGACUCC